CGGCGUCGGCCGGGGGUGGCAGGGGAGGUUCAUAAUAGACGUGCUAAGAAGAAUGUAACAGAAGAAAAACUUUGAAUAGUUCUUUUGAGUCUCAUUUACCAGCUGUGGUUAAGAGGCAUCUUGAUUCCUGUGUUUGUGGUGAUUGGAAGACCAUGGAUCACACUGGGAUGGUAGAACCUGAGGAUGAGUUGGGGUCAUUAGGUCACCUCGCUCCAAGUCCUCAAAGUGAAGCAGUAGCUCAUGAAUUCCAGGAACUUUCCUUACAGUCGAGUCAGCAUUUGCCUCCUCUCAAUGAACGCAAGAAUGGAAGUAUAGUCUUAUGGGAAUCAGGAUUCCGGUCUCCUCUGCUGACUCAAUCUGUGAGUGUGGCGCCUCUAACCAUGAUCGAUAGCUCCAAGAAGCAGCAACAGGGUUUCCCGGAGAUUUUAACUGCUGGGGACUUCGAGCCAUUGAAAGAAAAGGAAUGCCUUGAGGUGAACAACCAGAAAAGUCUUAAGGAAGUAUUACAGUUGAGGCUACAACAACGAAGGACAAGGGAACAGCUAGUGGACCAGGGCAUCAUGCCACCAUUAAAGAGUCCAGCGGCAUUCCAUGAGCAGAUAAAAAGCUUAGAAAGAGCCAGAACUGAAAAUUUUCUGAAGCACAAGAUACGUAGUCGACCAGAUCGUUCCGAACUUGUCAGAAUGCACAUUUUGGAAGAAACAUUUGCAGAGCCCUCUCUGCAGGCUACACAGAUGAAACUGAAGAGAGCUCGACUGGCAGAUGAUCUGAAUGAGAAGAUUGCUCAAAGACCUGGUCCAAUGGAACUAGUGGAAAAGAACAUCCUUCCUGUAGAUUCCUGUGUUAAGGAAGCAAUUAUAGGGGUUGGACAAGAGGACUAUCCCCAUACUCAGGGUGAUUUCUCAUUUGAUGAAGACAGCAGUGAUGCUUUGUCUCCAGACCAACCAGCCAGCCAGGAGUCUCAGGGUUCAGCAGCUUCCCCAAGUGAGCCAAAAAUCAGUGAAUCACCAUCUCCUGCCACCACCAAUACUCCAACUCAGUAUACUUCACUAUCCACAGCAGUUCCUGAAUUCUUGAAAACUCCUCAAGCUGCUGAUCAUCCUACAUCACGCCCUACAGCUCCUGUGCUCUCUACGAGCACUGUGUCUUCAGCAAAGCCUGGGCCAGCACUGGUAAAGCAAAGUCAUCCUAAGAAUCCAAAUGACAAGCACCGAAGCAAGAAAUGUAAAGAUCCUAAACCACGGGUUAAGAAGUUGAAGUACCAUCAGUAUAUCCCACCUGAUCAGAAAGGUGAGAAGAACGAGCCACCGAUGGACUCCAACUAUGCCCGUUUGCUACAGCAACAGCAGCUUUUCCUGCAGCUACAGAUCCUGAGCCAACAGCAACAACACUACAACUACCAGACUAUUCUACCUGCACCACUCAAGCCAUUAAAUGACAAACAUAACAGUGGAAAUUCAGCUUUGAGUAAUAAUGCACCUACAGCAGUAGCCAACACGAGACAGAAUGCUCCUAUUCCUGUUAGAAAACCGGGACCACUGCCUUCUAGCCUGGAUGAUUUGAAGGUAGCUGAACUGAAGAUGGAAUUGAAGUUGAGGGGUUUGCCAGUGUCAGGCACCAAGACAGACCUAAUUGAACGUCUAAAACCUUACCAAGAGCUUAAUAGUGGUAUUUCCACUAGCAAUGCUGUUGCAGUGUCCACUUCAACUGUUGUCAUUAGCAAUCCAGAAGUUACUAUGGCAUUCCCAGCUGCAUUAAAUAAUUCUGUGGCCAGCACCAUUCCCAGCUUUAAGUCAGAAACAUCAUCUACUGGAACAAGCAGCGUGACACACACUGAAACUAUCAGCUCCCCUCUGCCAAUCUCCCCAUCUCCUUCGGAACACUCCAGUCUCAGUACUGAUGAUACUAACAUGACAGAUACUUUCACAGAGAUUAUGACUAUGAUGUCCCCCUCACAGUUUUUAAGUUCGUCUCCUUUGAGGGUAACAAAUAGUGAAGACAGUCUAAGUCCUGCCUGUGGAGGCCUGUCAAACAUGGAAUUGGAUGUGGCUGAAAAGGACCGGAAGCUUCAGGAGAAGGAAAAACAGAUUGAAGAGCUAAAAAGGAAACUGGAACAAGAACAGAAACUUGUGGAAGUACUAAAAAUGCAACUUGAAGUUGAAAAACGGGGACAGCAGCCACCCCCUGCAGCACCCCAGCCCACUGCUAAUUCUGUAAAUAAUGUAGAUCCAAAGCAUGUCAUUCCUGCUGUCAAGGAUGAGAAUUCUCUCCCUGACUGUUCUAGCUCAAGGCAAUCAGUACCAGGAGCCAGCCAUUCUUUAGGCCAGUCAGGAUCAACUGCUGGCCAGAACCUAGUUGCCAAAAAGGCUGUAGUUAUCAAACAAGAGGUACCUGUGGCCAAAGCUGACCAACAGAAUAUCAUCUCUCAGUAUUAUGUGAGUUCCCAGAGACAUCCGCAAACCACAGUUGUUGCUCAGCCUCAAGCUUUACUAACCACCCAAACUGCACAGCUGCUACUUCCAGUGUCUAUCGAGGGUUCGAAUGUAACUUCAGUUCAACUACCAGUAGGCAGUAUAAAACUACAGGCUCCACCACAAGUAGGAAUUACAACUCAGCCCCAAGUAUCAGCUCCUGUAUCACCCUCUGGCUUGGCCCAAACAUCCCAUCCAAAACAAGACAAUUUUACACAACAUGUACUCAACCAGUCUCAACAAAUAAGAAAGGUUUUUCCAUCCAGCUCACCAUCAAAUACAGUAUUUUCCUAUCAGAGACCACCUGUUACAACAGUCCAGCAGGCAUUCAUUAAUAACACAUCCAGCAGUGUUCUUCAGUCCAGGAAUACUCAGGUUCCUUCAGUGCAAAAUGGACCUAGCACUACCAACAAGCCUGGUUCUCCAUCUCGGCCUCAGCAGUUUAUCAUACAACACUCUGUAUUUGGCAACACAGUCACCAAGACGAAAGAUCCUCCCCGGUAUGAGGAAGCCAUAAAGCAGACUCGAAACAUACAGUCAUCUUCACAGUCAGAGAUUUCCAAUGCACAUAGUCAACAGAUGGAUGACCUCUUUGAUAUUCUCAUUAAAAGUGGAGAGAUUUCUCUCCCUAUAAAAGAAGAGCCUUCUCCUAUUUCCAAAAUGAGACCAGUGACAGCCAAUAUCACCACAAUGCCAGUAAAUACAGUGGUAUCACGACCACCACCCCAAGUCCAAAUGGCACCACCAAUAUCCUUAGAACCGAUUAACAGUUUGUCCAUCAGUUUAGAGAACCAACUGGAAGCUUUCUUAGAUGGAACUUUACCUUCAGCAAGUGAAAUUCCUCAACUAACAAGUAACAACGAGGACAGAGAAUCAUUCUCUCUGAUUGAGGAUCUCCAAAAUGAUCUGCUGAGUCACUCAGGCAUGCUGGAUCAUUCACAUUCUCCUAUGGAAACUUCAGAAGCACAAUUUGCUGCAAAUAAUUCCUGUUUGUCUCUUGACCUUCCUGAUUCAAACUUAGACAAUAUGGAAUGGUUAGACAUUACUAUGCCUAACUCCUCUUCAGGGCUUACUCCUCUCAACUCUGCUACUCCAAGUAUGUUUUCCACUGACUUUUUAGAUCCACAAGAUUUACAGUUACACUGGGACUAAAAAUAGGUUUUUUGGUCUCAGAACUUAAAGCUAUAAUAAGAGCAUGUAAAUAACUCUCUUGGAGGCGAGUUUAAGGGAUAGGUCCACAGCUGCAGCUUUGCAAUUAAAAUGUUAUCAUAGAAUGAAUGAAUACAAGGUGACAGGCCCUGAAACAAAUUCUACAAACACUUCAUUGCAUUUAGCAGUGAAUUUCUCUUUUUCUAUGAUUUAAUAUAGCAUAGGGCCAUCUGAGAAGUAUACCUGUCAAGAAAACAUAGUUGCUACAAGGACCUCAGUGAUGAAAACUACCACUAGACAAAACAUGGAAAAGAAGAGUACCUGUAGAAAAUAGCACCAAGAGUCCUUUGUAGAUCUUAAAUCAACUACGUUUAAACCUCUGUGGUUACUUUAAGACUCUAAAUAAAAGGCAAACAACUCGUUUUGAUUUUAACUUUCAGUUUAAAGCAGAAACAAAGAGCUAGUUUGAGGGGAAGUUAAGAAAUCACUGCACUUGAUUGUUCCUGUAAAGAGCCUGAGCCAACAUCAAGAUUCAUUAGGGAGUUAAAAGGCAAGGAAGAGACCUGGCCAGUUCAGGGACAAGGCCCUUAUGGGUGAUGUCUUUUGGUUCGGAAGCCUUUUGAAUUUUUUUUUUGUUACUGUGGUUUGCUUUGUGACUUUAUGAAAUCUUACUUUGGAUUUCCAGAUUUAAAUUUAUGGGAAAACUUAUUCACUAUAAAAAGAGGGUUUCUUUCAAAAGUACUAUCAUGAACAAGCCACUAAAAAGUCCAGGUAUAUUGAUAACACUGAAAUUUAGCAACAUUCUGGCUUGAUUAGAUUGAUUUUUAAUAUGUAUAUUGGACAGUUAUUUGUACACUAUUUGACAUUAUAAUUUGUACAGAGUAUUUUGGGGUGGGAAUAUAGGUAUUCUGUGGUUCUAUUUGUUUAAUAACUCUAGAGUACCUAGAAGACUUACUUGUUCUACAUUUAUUUCCUUGUGAACUAUAUAUCUGAUCACCAAAUCCAUCUCAAAGAAUGAAAAAGAAAACUCUAGCAUUAAAUCUUUUUUUGACCUGGUCAGGUUAAAAUAGAAAACAAAGGAAGAAUAUAUAAAGUAUCUGGUAACAUUCCUAUAAUGAUUACAAAGGUUUUUUUUGUUUUGUUUUGCUUUUUUUUGGUGAGGUAAUUGGGGUUAAGUGACUUGCCCAGGGUCAC